AUGAUAGGAUAAAUAAUGCGUGUUAUGGAUUUAAAUGUUUACAUAUUACUUUAUUAUUUAAACUUGCGUUUCAACGCAAAAUCAACACAAAGUGAAAACAUCACAACGAAAAUGGAGAGUCUAUUUAAUUUACGAGCCUGGGACGAUGAUGCAAAAUAUGGCUGUAAUGCAAUUAACAAAACAUCAUUAAUCACAAAUGCCUACAAUGGCAUACCCGAAACAUUAAUUCUCAACGUUUUAGCAUGGACUCUGCUAAUUGUACUCUUCACUGUAUUAAGACAUCAGGCAGGCGAUUACGGUCGUUUAGCCUUAGUUAAUACGAAUGGCAGUAGGAAACGUUGGACUGAAGUAUUCUAUUCACGAGGAACAUCUAUGAUAGAACAACCUCACUCCUCGAAUAGUUCACAUCAACGUCAGAGCAGUCUUGCGAAUUCGACGGGAACAACAAGUCCUAAUGGUUUAGAUGAACCCAGAGGUAGCAUUACGUCCAACACAACUGAUUCUACACCACUGUCGCCCAUACAAUACGAUCAGGGUAUAUUUUCAUGGAUUGUUAUAACAUUUAAAUUACGCAAAGAACAAAUACUAUUGCACACUGGACCCGAUGCUGUCUACUAUUUGUCAUUUCAAAAACAUCUAAUGGUGGUCAUGGCCAUUGUAACUGCUGUCUCUUUGAUAGUUAUAUUACCGGUGAAUUUUCUCAACGGUUCCGAUGAGUAUGAUGUUAAUGCAUUCGGUCGCACUACAAUGGCUAAUCUAUCACCUGAUUCCGCCUGGCUUUGGGUUCAUGUUAUCGUUACUAUUAUAUAUGUGCCUUUAAUUGUAUUGAUAAUGCGUCGUUCCUCGGGUCGUAAUGCAUUUAAAAAGGCUGCCACUCGCACGAUUAUGAUAACAAAAAUCUCGCAUAAUGAUCGCAAUAAGACAGUGAUUAGAAAUUACAUACAAGAACUAUUUCCCGAUGUUAAUAUAGAAGAUGUUCAGGUAGCCUAUAAUAUAUCGAAAUUGAGUGUACGAACGGCGGAAUAUGAACGGGUUUUAGAUGCAAAAAUCUAUUGUGAACAUCAUAGAGAUAAGGAUACUUUGACAGUUCGUCCCGAAUUUUGCAAGUGUAAAACCGAAAAUGCCUACGAAUAUUACCAACGUGAAGAACGUAAUCUACAUGGAGAUGUGGCACGUCUGAGAGCUGCAGCUCUUAAUGAACCUUUAGGCAUAGCUUUUCUUACCGUGUCCACGGUACAGGAAGCACAAAACAUAGUGGCACAUUUUACACCCGGUACCUAUCGUCAAUGGAGUCUUACAUUUGCACCCUCACCAGAUGAUCUAUUUUGGGAAAAUUUAAGUGUCAGCAGUACCCAUUGGCUGCUGAAAUGGUCCACUGUUAAUAUUUUACUCUUUGUAAUACUAUUCUUUUUAACCACACCCGCCAUGGUUGUCAAUUUAUUGGAUAGCAUUCAUUUGGCAAAAGAUAAAAUUACGAAACUUUCUCCCUUGGUAUCGGAAUUCUUGCCCACGUUGAUGUUGUGGACGUUGUCCGUAUUGAUGCCGGUUAUUGUGGCCUUUUCCGAUAAGUGGAUGAGUCAUUAUACGAAAUCGAAACAAAAUUAUUCGAUAAUGACUAAAUGUUUUGGUUAUUUAUUAUUUAUGAUUUUAAUUUUACCCUCAUUGGGUUUAACUUCUGCCCAGGCUCUGCUCGAGUGGUCAGUUAGUAAUGAUACAUUGAGAUGGCAAUGUAUUUUUGUGCCUGAUCGUGGUUCAUUUUAUGUCAAUUAUAUUAUAACGGCCGGUUUUAUUGGUACCUCUUUGGAAUUGUUGCGUUUUCCGGAAUUGAUAGUUUAUAUCUGGAUGUUGAUAACGGCUAAGUCGAAGGCAGAGACUCCCUAUAUACGAAAAUCAAUUUUAUUGGAAUUUCCCUUUGGCACCCACUAUGCCUGGACAACUUUAGUGUUUACUAUAUCAAUUGUUUACAGUGUUUUCUGUCCCCUUAUAAUGCCCUUCGCCAUGGUCUAUAUAAGCUUUAAACACUUUGUGGAUCGUCAUAAUUUAUACUUUGCCUAUGGACCCUCGAAUAUGAUCUCACGCAAUGGCGGUAAAAUUCAUUCAACUGCCGUCACUAUGACGAAAUUUUCCAUUAUAAUACUUUUACUUAUAAUGGCCAUGAUAUCGGCUAUACGUGGUUCUGGCAUGGCUCGUGCUAUAAUUUUGAUUAUAACUCUAGUUAUAACAUUAACGCUCUUUACCUUUAUGUCACCCAUAAAACGUUGCACCCAGGCCAGACGUCCCAGUAUAGUGGAAAUUGCCGGCCCAGCACCAAUCUAUAUACCAGAUGUUCUGAAGCCAAGAUCUGCUCACAAUGCCACGCCCCUGGGGCCACAUUCAUAUAAUGGUGCCGGUACUGCGACAUCAGCUGGUAAUGGUAAUGGUGCUGGUGGUUAUGGCUCAGAUUCUGUGUCCGAUUUUGAUAUUAGUUCUCAAUGUAGUGUAAAUAGUGUAGAGGCCUAAAGACAACUAGUUUUCUUAGUUAAAGCAGCAGUUAAAAAGCUAACAAACAAAUACCUAUUUAAGACUAAUUCUGUGAAAA